AUGAAGGUUCAUCUGACAUGCCUGACUGCGCUCUUUCUAUCGGCAGACGCUUUCCCGUCCACUGUGUCGCGGCGGGACAAUUUGCAAAACUCUGUUAACCCAUCGGACUUGUUUUUGCCCACUGCAACAUCGAAAGUUUGGACCGUUGCAGUCAAUAACGUUGACCAGCUUCCGAGUAAAUUCCCCGACAAUGUUCCAGGAACGGCUUCAAAUGCAGGUGCCUAUCUCUUUAGCGACAUCUCGGCAUGGACCAGUGGCUUCUUCCCUGGCUCUUUGUAUACCCUUCUCGAAAGGAAUGUUCGCUUCCCGAAUCAUCUGAGCGUAAGAAACUCGAGUCAACUCGAUAUCCAUAACCGCCUGCUAGCUCUUUCACGCCAAUGGUCCGAUCCUUUGCACGAACAGGCCAAGCGGACCGACACUCACGAUAUGGGGUUUCUGAUCGUCCCUGCUUUGCGCAAGGACUGGGAACUGACGGGUAAUACCAAGAGCCUGGAGUCUGUUAUUACUGCGGCACACAGCCUGGCGAGUCGCUACGAUUCUCGAGUUCGUGCAAUUAGAAGCUGGGAUAAUCUAGUGAACAAGAGACACGACAUUCUUGACAAGACCACCGACUUCUUGGUUAUCGUUGAUAGCAUGUGCAACCUUGAUUUGCUGUACUAUGCCGGCUAUCAGACAGCCAAUCGAACGUUGAUCGACAUUGCCACUCGCCAUGCUCACACCGUGAUACGCGACAUUAUCCGAGAGGAUCAUUCAACAUUCCACCUGGUUAAUAUCGACCCGCGAAAUAGCACUAUCAAAUUUCAAGAGACGGUGCAAGGGUACAAAGACUGGUCUACAUGGAGCAGAGGUCAGGCCUGGGGUAUCCUCGGCUACACGCAGACCUACCAAUGGACCAAGGACCCUGUCUUCCUCGAAACUGCGAAAGGUCUAGCAGAUUACUUCCUCGGUCGCCUCGAUGGAUCCUCUCAUACCCAUCCCUACGUUCCACUAUGGGAUUUUGACGCCCCCGUCAUUGAUGGCAACUUACCUCCACGCGAUACCUCAGCCGGCCUAGUAGCCGCUAACGGGCUGCUUCUGCUUCACCAGAUCCUUGGCGGUGACUCCCCGUAUCUAGAACGUGCGCUGCGCAUUGUAGCCGAGACCGUGGAUCUAUCGACAGCGCCGCCAAGCUGGGAGUCGAUCUUCAUGAAUGCCACUAUCAACAACAAUGAAUUCACGUCGGAUCGAUCGAAGAACACGGGGCUAGUGUAUGCGGACUUUUACUUCCUGGAAUUUGAGAAUCGGUUGUUGCAGAUGGGAUUGGUUUAG